UCGUUAAAGGCUAAUGUGGUUGUGUGAAUGGGUAUUUGACUUUUUUGAAAUAAUUUCAAAAAUUUCCUUACACAUUUUUAAAAUAAAAACAUCAACGCUUAGUUAUAAAUUUUUGAAAAUUGAACCAUGAAUUGGAUUGAAAAGUGAAAUAAAGCUAUGGAUGAUCGAAGAGUCGCUGAUUAUUUUGUGAUUGCUGGUCUACCUGAAGAUCCUUUGUUACUUGAUGAAUUGUCUGAUGGAGGUCACUUAAAGUCAACGCACGAUCGUGCUCCAAUCACUGAUAUUGGAGUUAUAUUUCCUGCACUUGGUGAAAUAUUACCAGACGGUUAUGAAUUAAUCAGUUAUACGCCAACGGGCUUACCUGCUGAUUUAAAUCAUGGAAGUUUGCGGAGUUAUGAGUGUUAUGUAUGUUUUAGACGAGGUCGUGAUAAACCUCCGUUGGUUGAUAUUGGUGUUAUGUAUGAUGGGAAAGAACGGUUAAUGGCUGAUGCUGAAAUUGUUGCUGAGAGUGUUGGAGGUCGUGUAGCAAAUGUAAAUAAUUCAACAGCAUGUACAUUCAUCACAUAUCGUCGUGCACAUACGACUGCAGCAUGUAACGCAUUAGUUGUCACUGAUAUUUGUGUCAUCAUUACAAAUAAAGGGGAAAUGCCUCCACAUGCGUUUUGUUGUAUUGAUAAAAAUUUGAAUAAGGGUAUGGUUGGAAGUGAUGUGUUUCUGUGUUAUAAAAAGUCCAUGAAUCGUGCUAAACUUAUCAGUUACCAGCCUUCUGUAUUAUUCAGGUAUCCACAAACAGAUGUAUCUGAUUUUCCAUUUCCUAAUUCUGUGCCGUUAUUUUGUUUACCAAUGGGUGCCACAUUAGAGAUGUGGCCAAAAGAAGCAUCACAUCCACGACCUAUUUUUAGUACAUUUGUUUUAACUGUUUCGGAUGCAACACAUAAAGUGUAUGGAUCGGCUGUGACAUUUUAUGAAGAUUAUACGUCAGAUCGUUUAACACCAGCGCAAGCUAAGCAAUUAGAUUAUAAUGCGAAUAAAUAUACACUUCAUGUGAAUAAAAGUAUUUGUAUAUUAUCGCAUUGGCCCUUCUCUGAUACAUUUGAAAAAUGGUUGUUAUUUCUUUAUGAUAUUGUGGCAAGUGGUGUAGAAACACCAAUAUCAAUUGAACGUUAUGUAACUCAAUUGUUAGAGGAAGUUCAAUUUCCAGGACCCCGUAUAUUAAUACAAUUAAGUGCACAUCGUCCAGAAAGAUUAAUAUUAUCCCAGCCAGAAGAGCUACCAUUACCACGUAGUGCGGCUGGCUUUCGCCAAUUGUUGAUGAAUCUUGGAGCUGAAAAUUGUUUAAAAGUAUUGUUGUUAGCGUUAACUGAACAAAAAAUAUUAAUACAUUCAUUACGACCGGAUACAUUAACUGCUGUUGCUGAAGCUGUUUCAAGUUUAUUGUUUCCGUUUAAAUGGCAAUGUCCAUACAUUCCACUCUGUCCAUUAGGUUUAGCUGAAGUUUUGCAUGCACCAUUGCCGUAUUUAAUAGGUGUAGAUUCUAGAUUUUUUGAUUUGUUUGACCCACCGACGGAUGUUAAUUGUGUUGAUUUAGACACAAAUAUAAUUACGUUAUGCGAAUCCCAACGACAUCUAAGUACGAAAAUCUUACCAAAACGUCCAGCCCGCAUUUUAAAAACUCAAUUAGAAAUAUUAAAUGCAAAAUUGCGAAAUAAUCCAUCACAUUGCCAGCGUACACUUCAGUUAGAUGAUGAUAGUCUUGAAGGAGAAUUUUUGCGACGUCGUAAAGAGCAAAUACUCGAGUUAGAUAUACAAGAAGCAUUUUUAAAAUUUAUGGCAAGCACUUUACGUGGUUAUAAACAAUUUUUAUUACCAAUUACAUCUGCACCCACAGUUGGUACAACGGAUCCACAAGCGUUGUUUCAACUAGGACCAUUUCUGCGUUCACGUGAUAAGGCAAAUCAUAAAUUUUUUACGUUGUUAAUGCGAACACAAAUGUUUAUAAGAUUUAUUGAAGAACGUAGUUUUGUUGUUGAUGGAGAUCAAAGUUUAAUAUUUUUUGAUGAAUGUAUUGAACGAUUGGUAUCAGAUGAUGCUGAUGUUCGAUUAUUAGAAGUAGAUACUGGACAUGGGAGUGAGCGAACUGUAUUUUUAUUACCACCAGAGCCUAAUUGUCAAGGACAUAAUAUUGUAUACGUUUAUAAAGAUUUUACUUUGGAUCCUUCUUUAAUGGGUGUGCGUAAACCGAAUUUAUUAUUUUCGCAAAAUAAUUUUGCAACACCUGGUUCUCCAAUGGCUCGACGAACGAAACAUGAAAUUAAAUCUGCUCAAAAAUAUGCUAGGAAAUGUAUAAAUUCGCCAGAGCUGUGGGCGCGAUGUCUUUUAGGUACCUGUUAUUCAAUAUAUUUUAUGGUUUUACCAAGUAUUUUAAUGGUUUGGCAAGGUCGAGAACGUGCUUUGUUACGUUUAUCAUAUGAUUUAUUAGGUAAAGCAUGUCGUUUAAAAUUAACCUGUGAUGAAGUUAGCUAUCGUUUAAUGAUGCAAUUAUGUGGUGAACAAUCAAUGCCAUUAUUGGCAGUUAAAUUACUUUUAUUAAUGAAACAAUCUGGUGUACAACCAAAUGCUUUGACAUACGGUUUGUAUAAUCGUUGUGUUUUGGAAGCUGAAUGGCCUGCUCACGCCACAACUAGCGUUCUUUUAUGGAAUAAAUUAAGGCAUGUGGUGUUGGGAGCUGCACAUUUUAGAAGGGCCGGGCGACGUCAUGCUGCUAGAAAAUUAUCGGCAUCUACAGAAGGAGGUUGUAGUUUAUUGGAUCAAACAGAUCGUGCCUCACGAUCAUCGCUUGAUUCUCACGAUGCACCCACCCAAAUUGACACAUCAACAUUUGAUCGAUUUCGUUCACGAAUUGGUAGUAUUAUUAAAAUUCAAGAUGGCAAUCAAGAUAGUCCGGAAGCGAAUGAAGUAUUAUCAAGUGCUGGUUUAUUAAUAUCGGGUAAUUCACCACGCACGGAGAGUGCUUCAGAUACAAUCAAUGAACAAUCUGAAGUGGAUACACCAACUCGACUAUCACCAAGUGAUAACUCUACAGACAGUAUUCGUUUACUUGCUCGAUCGGAUAGUUUUGCAAAUGAUGCUCGAAUAUUAGAUACAUUACAAAAUGGCAGUACGAAGAAAAAAGAUUGUGCCAGGUUACUUAAUUUUAGUGAAGAGUCGCUUGAUGACCAUGAUGAUACUGAAAAUGCAGUUACUUCACCUACAAGAGUUUCACCUCGUACACCGGUAACAGAAAACGAUCCACUAGGUGCAUUAGAAGCCGAACAAUUUGACGAUGAAGAAAACACAUCACCAACUAAGGAUGCAGCAACAAUCGAAAAAACCGCCUCAUCUGUCUUAUUAACAGAUACACCGAUUCUAUUUAGAAAUCCGGUACAUCGAUCUGCUACAUUUGAAGGAAGUCCACCCACAGGACAAACCAAUCGUAGUAGCAGCGGUGGUGGGGGUUUACAUAGAUCAGAAACGGUGCCAGCUGCAAUUGUAACAUCAGGUUUAGCUAGUUUAAAAUUGAAUUUCAGUCGAUAUUCACCAUCAAGGUUGUCGCUUCGGAAAGCUGACCUCAAAGUUCCACAACAGUUCAUUGAAAAUUACAUCACAAAUAUUAGCCCAAGUUUAACAACGAAAAAAUCAAAUGAGAUUAUCCAAGGUGGUUUUAGUAGUAUUAAAUCAGUUGCAACAAAUAUGGUAAAAAAAUUAGACGGUAUUAAAGAAGCAAUAUCAGCAACGACAACCCCAGUUAAAUUAAGUGGUUUAUCUUCGACGUCGGGUAGUCGUAAUAGUACAUUAGAACGGUUAGGUGUAUCUGGCCGUGGUGGUGAUGGUUCCGAUAUAAUGCCACAGUUUGGUGAGGGUGAAUCAACUGAUGGAAGUGAAGGCGGUGAUCAUCGUAUGCGUAGAAUAUCAGCAGAGUUUCCAGGCUAUAGAGAUAGUACAACGAAUUUAAAAGAUGUUGAUGAAUAUCCUCCUACAUUUCAUGAAAAUUUAUAUCCGACAACUAAUGAAACUGCUGAUGACCAUAUGCAGCAUGAUUUAGAUAUAAUUCUAACAUCAUGUUCACAAUGCCAUAAUUGUUCAGCAUUAUUAUACGACGAAGAAAUUAUGUUCAAAUGGUUUGCCGAAGAUUCCAAUUUAAAUACAACAUGCCAAUGUUGUAACCGUCCAACCGUACCACUAUUAACAGUAACUGUUGGUACAAACGAUCCAUUUAGUGUGCCCUAUUUAAAUCCAUUAGUUUUACGUAAGGAAUUAGAGAAUAUAUUACAACGUGAGGGUGAUUUAACAUUAGCUGAUGCCAAGUUUGUUGAUGAUCAUCCAAUAAUUUAUUGGAAUUUAGUAUGGACAUUUGAACGUAUCAAUGUUCAAAGUCAUUUACCAAGUUUAUGCCUUAGAAGUAAAAUUAAUAAGAAUGUAGCAAAUAAUAAUGAAACGUCUAGUACGAAAGAUGAGACAACAGCAAAUAGUUUGAAUUCAACAUCAGAAAAUAAUAAUGAAAAUGAUUUAGAGAAAAACGAUGAGACCAAUGGUAAAGAGGUAUCAAGAACACUUGUUGAAGAUGGUGCUGAUCCACUUUCGCAAGAAGUUAAUGGUCGAGGUUGUGGUUCGGUUGGCAUUCAAUGUUUGUGGGAUGAUCCACGAUUACAUGGAGAAGGUUGUCCGCCAAUGUAUUUAUUAUGGGAUAGACGCGAUACACCAAGUAGUCCACUUAUAAGUGCUCUAUUAACUGAUCAAAUUGCAAUAAGUAAACCAUUUAUGCAGAAAAUAAUUGCUUCAUUGCGAUGUAAUGAUUUGUUAGAACCAGUUAAACGUUUAGCUACCGAACGUCAAAAGUUACAAGCAACACGUGGUAUUGAUCGUACCCAUUCAAUAUAUCGUGAUAUAAUAUUUUUAGCUUGUAAAGCACUCGGUAGAAAUAAUGUUGAUUUAGUAAUGUUUGAUCGUGAAUAUUCACAAGCAUAUGAACGCUUACCGGAUAAGAAUUCAAAGUUGUAUCGACUACAAGAUAGACCGUUAUCUGUUGGAGCUAUUUGUUGUCGACAUUAUUUUAAACCAUUGACAUUGCAAUAAUGUUGUAUUUUUGUAUUAUAUUUU